CUGUUGAAUGGAAUUUUCUUAUCUUACUACAUAAUUCUAUAAUUAUUUAAAUUAAUCCAUUAAGUUACUUUUGUAAAUAUUUUAUAUAGAUUCUAAAGAAGAAAAACUUAAAAAUGCCAAGUGUUCAUCUGGAAAUUUAUGUAGUUGUUGGUGCAAUGGGUGGGCUGAAAUAUUUAUCAGGCGACCAACUGGCAAUACGUCUUGGAUGUUUAGAAUUCAAAAUCGUUUAUUUUUGCCAAAUUGCCCUCCGGAUCUUAACCUUCCUGAUAUUUCAACAUUACUUCUACCUCAUAAAACCAAUAGAGAUUUAAAUAUAGAAGACAAAUGUGACAGUGAAGUCGAUGAUUCUUCUUACUAUGAUUAUCAGCACUUAUCAAUGUUACCUUCAGAUCCUUUAGAAGAUAUUGCAGAACAAGUUCCUUCUACAAAUAGUGAGAUAGAUACUGAUCAUUCAGAAUCAUCAGAAAGUCAUUCAAAUGUUUCUCAUCAGAGAUCUAAUUCUCCUUUGAGAAGAACUAAUUCUAGUCCAGAAAUGAAAGGAGAGUGGAAUAUAUGUAGCAAUUCAAAUUUGAAAAGUAGUGAAGAUGGUACACAAACAAAAUCAGAAAAUACAAGUCAAACAAAUGAAGACUCUGUAUAUUCAGAAAAUGUCUCUGAUUCAAAUGAAAGCAGAGAAAUGGCACCAAAAGUAAUAGAAACAGGAUUAGGAGAACAACAGACAAAAUCAGUGAUUCGAAAAUCUCCUCGUAAAGAAGAUAAGUGUAUAUCUAUUUCUGAAGAAUCAAAACCACCUAAAGCAAUUCCUAGUUCACCUCGGAAAGAAGAAUCAAGAUUAAAAUUACGUCUCGAUCUCAGUAAUGUAAGUGGUUCUGCAUCAUCAGAAUUAAAAUCUUCUGCUAGUCCACCAUUACCUCACUCAGCAAGUCCUCAAUUGGCUGUUAGGAAAACUAAGUCAUCUCCUACAAGUCCUCCGGGUAAAACAGCAGGUAAAAAAUAUGAAUUUUCAAAUUAUUUAAUUACAUAUAUAUAUAUUUAGAUGGAUAGUUUUUUU